CCGUGUAAUUUCCGAAAUGGCGUAGCGCGAAGCGCGAACUGGUCACGGUCAACCCCGCUUUUCGUUUAUCUCUCAUCUUCAUCUUCUUCGAGCUCACGAAAACAAAAAGAUUCGAAAACACCAGCAAAAACCACCGCCACAACAACACCAACCACACUUUUCAUUUGACGAAAUUUCCCCUCCUCGCGGUGGUCUCAGAGAGACAAAGGAGAGAGCUGCUUAUCGCGCACUCCCGCCGUUUCUCUGUCCGAUCAUCUCCUCCAAAUUUUGGACAAAACGCGAUAUAAAUCUCGAUAUGCCGAUUCGGAAACCGCGGAUUUCUAAGGUUUCAAUCAAUUUUAUCGUCUUUGGCGUGUUCCUCAGCUGUUUUCCAGGAUGUAUAUUAUCGGCGACCGUAACGCUGGAUUCGAUUGUGAUAUACGACACGCACGAGUUCAUAAAAGGUGUGAAGCCGAUUGUGUAUUUCACAUGCCAAGGGGAGAACAAGACGGUGUUUCCAGAUGUGAAGGAAAAGAACGUGUCGUAUGAAUUCAAAGGCGAAGAGUCUUGGCAGCCUCUGACAGAGUUUUCGAGUAAGAAGUGCAAGCGAUGCGGGUUGUAUGAGAAGGACACCUUUAAAUCAGAUGACAAAUAUGAUGAGUGGGAGUUAUGUCCUUCUGACUUCAAUUCUUCUGAUGGAAAAUACGUCCGAUUCAAGAGCAAGGAAUUCAACGCUACCUUUUCAUGUCCAAAUUGUCUACCUGCUGCUUCACCUGAUUCCAAGUCUGCCACUGCGGCACCUAAAGAAGAAAAGAAAAAUGGAUGGCAUAUUGCUCUAGUGAUAUUAAUCGUUGUUGUCAUUUUAGUAGUGUGUAUUGUUGGAGGAGUACUUGCAUACAAGUUCUGGCAAAAGAAGAAGAGAGAGCAAGAUCAAGCUCGGUUCCUAAAGCUGUUUGAAGAUGGGGAUGAUAUUGAAGAGGAAUUGGGGCUUGACCAUGUACUAUGAUGACUUACAGUUAAUUUAAUUUUUGACCUUCUUUACAGUAGGUUGAUCUUACAUAAAUUUUGCUAUUGUAAAGAGUAAAAAAAGAGAACAAAGAUAAAGUUAGAUACAUACUGUGCAAAAUCUUACUUUUCUUGUGACGCUCAAUGUAUUCUUGAUUGGCCUGAGAUGAAACCCUCUGUCGUCGGUGGGUGCAUGGCUUUGUUCAUACUUUAGUCGAAGUUAAGAGUUGUAUAUUUAA